AUGUCACCAUCACCACCGGUACCACGUAAAAGACAAAUUGAAACAAAUCAACAAAAAUUAUCAUCUUUGAUUACAAGUUCAGUUGAUCAAGAAUCAUCAUUUAUGUCUUCAAAUAUUACUAAUAAACGUCAUCGUCCAUUACAAAGUCAAUCAUUAACACGUUAUGAUGAUUAUCGUCGUUUACGACAAUAUCCAAAAACUUUAGAAAUUUUUAUACCAAUGGAUACAAAUGACAAUAAUACUGAAAAACAAAGUACAAUAAAACGAAGUUUUGAAUAUGAAGUUGAGAAAAAAAAACGUUCAUCUUCGGAAAAUCUUCGUCAACAACGACCUCAACAUGAUUUUGAAGUUGAACUUGAAUAUUUACGUUGUCUAGAUGAUCUAACAAAUGAAUAUGAAAAAUUAAAACGACAAAAAAAA